ACUAAUCGGUACAAUUUGGGAGACAGCUCGGUUGGCAGAUCGAUAACCUAGGUUAACUAUCCAAUCUGGUGGAUCAUUCACAAACUACACUCUACAACACUAGCUAAUGUUACGCUAUCCAGUGGCUAACCGAAGGCAUGUACAACCCCCAUCAAAUUAGAAAACGCUAGCUAAUAUAAUUGUUAACAUUACGCGUUUACAUUAAGGACAUUAACGUUAGCUACCUAUAACUAUCCAUCACGAUCGCUUCUAUUUGCUAACUAGUCUAAGGUUAACAAACCAACGUGAAUGUCUCGUUUUACGUUUGUCUAUAUUUUAAUUUGGCCUUCUAUUUCAAACUUAAAAUUUCGAAAUAAAAUCUACUCGACAAUAGCUAGCUAGCUAGCGAAACAUCUUUGGCUGCUAGUUGAGGAACUUAAGGCACUCUUAAAAAUAGCCAUGUUGGUCAGCCAAAUGAUAAUACGAAUUCCUGCUGAACAUAGACUGUAGUUCUGUAUUCUUGGCCUGCUUGUAGUAGCUAUACGAGUUGUAUCAACUGCUCUUUCAAGACCCUUCCGCAUUUUCCUGCGGCUCUCAGGCUGUGACGUGUCGUGCUGACGGCGGGUUAGGCGCUGCCUGAGCUGGGGGCUGUUGCUCGUCAAUGUGUAUCAGUGGAGCUCCGCAAAACUCGGCCCCUCCCUCCCUGAGCUUCAGCGGCCCGCCCCACCAACACAAACUCCCGAUUGAAUUUUGCCCAAGUCUGGGGAAACCUGGACGGCCUGGGAAAGCGUCUGAAAGACAGAGGCCGUCCUUUAACGAACCGAUAUCUGAUGUGGUGUCAGGAGGAUGGAUGACGAUGUGACAGGGCUGGCACUGCACUCUCAAGAGCCCAAGAUCAUAUUCCACGGAUCAGAUGAGGGGGAUGCCCGGGGGGAAGAGAUUCUGGUGGAGCUGCAGGAGACGGUCUUUGUGUCAGAGGUGGAUGGGGAGGAAGUAGCAGUGCAUGGCUUCAACCCAGAGGAGCUGGUGAUCCAGGACGCCAUCGAGGACGUGGUCACCGAAUACGUGCAGUGCACUGAUGAGGAGGAGGUCGCCAUAGAGACCUGUGUGAUGUCACUGGAAGGAGCAGGGGAAGGGCUGCAGGUAGACGUGGUCCCUGAGGAGGUGCUUGUGGCAGACUGCCCUGCCCACGGCGAGCUUGACCAUGAGCAAGACCAAGAAACCUGCGAGGACUACCUGAUGAUCUCUCUUGAUGAGCCAGAUAAGAUGGUACAGAGCGAUGAGGCGGAAAUGACUGCAGAAGGAGGUGUCGAUGACCAGGGGAAGGAGGAGGACGGUCAGGAGGUUAUCAAGGUGUACAUCUUUAAGGCCGACUCGGGGGAGGAGGACUUAGGAGGCACUGUGGACAUCAGUGAGAGUGUGAUGGAGUGUGAGCAGGGUGUGGGCCUGGCGGACAGCUCGGCGCGAUCCCUCAGGGAGAAGAGGGUGUACAUGUCUGUGAGUGAAGCACGUCCGCACCAGGAUGACCUCGGUGUGGCGAAGAUCGCAGACGAGGUGUACAUGGAGGUUGUGGUUGGGGGGGAGGAUGCGGUGGCACAAGACCGUUCCUACGACAACACUGCUCUCAACAAGGACUUCAUGCCUAUGGCCUGGGCUGCUGCCUAUGGAGUGGAUGAGAGUGAGGGGUGCGAGAAUCGGAACGGAGCGGCCAGCGCCCUGCUGCACAUCGAUGAAUCUGGCGCUGAGUCCGGCAGCGUCAACAAGACCAACAAGCAGCGCAGCAAGAGACGGGCUGAGCCCUGCCAAAUACAGACAGCAAUCAUCAUCGGGCCGUAUGGACAGCCACUGACUGUCUACCCUUGCGUUCUCUGUGGCAAGAAAUUCAAGUCGCGGGGCUUCCUGAAGCGCCACACCAGGAACCAACACCAGGAGGUGCUGAACAGGAAGAAGUACCAGUGCACCGACUGCGACUUCACCACCAACAAGAAGGCCAGCCUGCACAACCACAUGGAGGUGCACACGCAGAGCAGCAAGGCCCCGCUUGAGUGCGAGGACUGCGGCAAGGAGUUCCACCAGCAGGCGGCGCUCUACUCCCACCAGCUGCAGCAGUGCAGCUCGAAGAGCCAGGUCACGCCGCCCGCCAACAAGAUGCAUAAGUGCAAGUUCUGCGACUAUGAGACGGCUGAGCAAGGCCUGCUCAACCGCCACCUGCUGGCGGUCCACAGCAAGAACUUCCCGCACAUCUGUGUGGAGUGCGGCAAGGGCUUCCGGCACCCCUCCGAGCUGAAGAAGCACAUGCGCACGCACACGGGCGAGAAGCCCUACUGCUGCCUCUACUGCGACUACAAGUCGGCGGACUCCUCCAACCUCAAGACCCACGUGAAGACCAAGCACAGCAAGGAGAUGCCCUUCAAGUGCGAGCGCUGCUUCCAGACCUUCCCGGAGGCCGAGGAGCUGCAGCAGCACGCCCUGACGCACGAUGAGGCCAAGACCCACCAGUGCGUCCACUGCGAGCACAAGAGCUCCAAUUCCAGCGACCUGAAGCGCCAUGUCAUCUCGGUGCACACCAAGGACUACCCGCACAAGUGCGCCGUCUGCGGCAAGGGCUUCCACCGGCCGUCCGAGCUGAAGAAGCACUCCGCCUCGCACCGCGCCUCGCACCCGGCCCCGCACAACCCCAAGAAGCUCCACCAGUGCCGCCACUGCAGCUUCAAGAUCGCCGACCCCUUCGUGCUCAGCCGCCACAUCCUGUCUGUCCACACCAAGGAGCCGCCGGCUUUCACGGACAAGAGCGUCAAGAAGCCCUUCACGGCGGCGCCCGCGACGGGGACUAAGAAGGGCGUGUCUAAAGGCGGGGCCAAAGCCCACCGCGAAAGGCGGGUGUACCAGUGCCAGUACUGUGACUAUAGCACGGGUGACGCUUCAGGCUUCAAGCGCCAUGUCAUCUCGAUCCACACUAAGGACUACCCCCACCGCUGCCAGUUCUGCACCAAGGGCUUCCGCCGGCCCUCCGAGAAGAACCAGCACAUCAUGCGGCACCACAAGGACCUGGUACAGACGGAGUGAUCGCACUGGAGCCUCUGCCCAAAACACUGACCACACACAUCCAUCACACUAGCGUUAGCACACCUGCGGCAUGAGUGUGGCCUCCAUAAGAGGCCUCACCUGUGGACUUGCAGUGCCCAGCCCUUGCUACGUGCGUGCGUGUAUGCAUGCGAGCGAGCGUGUUGGGACGCCAGGUGCAUGGCUACAGUGGGAUCGUGUCCGCGGAACACCAGGUCAGGAUCCCUGGGCGUUCUCUUAACGUUGAAUCAUCAUUAUGAAUUCCGUCUUCCUGAUUGUUAUGUGUUAUUUGCAGUAUACAUUUUUUGCAAGAAAAGUAAAAUUGUACAACGAAUAAGGCUUAUGGAGUCGAGAGGAAUCGCCCUCUAUGGUCUUGCACUUUAGCUAUGUGGCCUCCGGGUGGGAGUGUAUAUGGCAGGAUAUACCAGUGUCUGGGUUCCAUUCUGGUGUUCGCGAGUGGCUUUUUGUUUAGGACGCGGAGUACAUUUAGUCAUUUCAUUUCGCAGGCUGCAAAUCGGUGUCAAAUAUAUUGAGCAAUAUGUUUUCAAGGAGGUAAUUAUAAAGGAACGUUAUUAGUGAACUGGUUCCUGUGUUUGUUUUUCAUCGCCACAAAUUGUGCAUCACAAAGUUGUAACCAUGAAGGCCCUUAUGUGGGCAAAAAAGUAUAAUUUGCAAUAAGAAAUGUAAAUUACCAUUGGAUACUUCCAUGAGGACACACCAGGUGGCUUUCAGAUCUACUUUCAGAUCACAAAUUAUUAAACUAGAUUUGCUUCAGAUCUCUCCAAUUUGGAAUCAGCAGUUGAACUAUGUCCUCGGAUCUCCUCUAUGCCAUCCGUAUCUGUACAGGUAGCACUGCAGCCUAAUCGCAUGUGGCCCUCCUGUAUACUUGACCACAAGCUAAAUUACUGUUUUCCACACUACAACUUGCACAAUAGCACAGUACGUGAGCUGAUGCCGACUGGGGAAGAGACACAGCAAUACUUCAUGACAACUGGUAGUCAAUGGGUGUUUGGCAAGUAUCUGGGGGUGGGUGCAUACGCAGUAGUUACCUGAGCUGAUUCUAGGCCCACCCUACCCUAGCAGGACAAAUAGUUUUCUGGCUGUGGAGCUCUUGGUUGUAAUGGGCUACUGAUAUGGCCCAGGGUUGUGUCUAUUAUGUUGGCUACCUUUGUGACUAGUACCUUUACCCACAGAGCCACUGCAAAGCCUUGAUUUUCUUAAAAAAUGGCUCGCUAAAGAAACAACAUACACAGUGUGAAAAUUUGUUUUUGGAAACCUAAUUGCUUGUAAAAGACUUACCGAUUUAUAACAACUGACUACAGAGCUGUUAGAAAUACAUCAAUGAGGCAAGAAAAUUCUCUUCUGUGGAAGUUUUGAAAGUUUAUCUUUACCUGUGAUUUUCUGCAGCUUUGCAGAAAUAAUUUCUUUUUUUCCAGCGAACAGUCUAUUUUAUCACCUUUUCCAAGGGCCCUGAACAUUUUUGUCCACCCAUUUUUACAGAAGCUGUUUGAUGUCACAUGUUCACCACAGUUGUCCCCUUUUCUCACCAUUUCAGUUUUUAUUUUUUUUUGUAAAAUACCACAGUAUGCCAGAUCACUUGGCAGCCUGAUGGUAAUGAUUAUUGGUUAAUAAGUGGGGUAAGGCAAUCACGUUUGUUGCAGGCUACCUCACACCCAGUUGGUUACUUUCCUGGAAGUGGACGGAUCAAUUUCCCAGCAUGAACUUUGAGUUACAUUAAGGCUUUGCCGUAAUCCUCAACCACAAUGGAUGAGUGAGUACUGUAUGUUGCUUUUAGGUUUGUUGCACGCUUUGAUCCAAGCCAACCUUUUAUACGUCACGGCAUACUAUUUAAAGUGUAUUGGCCCAUUAUAUUCGAACUAGGUACGAAAGCCACCAUGGAACUGUCCUUCUGUCAACUGAAGUACAGCAGUGUGUACUGCACAGGGUUUCACAAUUUUGCUAAUAGACUGCAAAUUUAUCAUUUAUCUUAACACUCAUUGCAGUGAAAUGGACUAAUUCAUUUCUGGUGUUUAAUUCCUUUUGUAUUGUUCUGGGCACAUGGCUCUGUGAAGCUGAGAGUUGGUGUCUGUGUGUGUGACAGCCUUGUGUGUGUAUGAGAUAAGAGGUAAUCAUUUUGGAUCCUUAGGGGUAGGAGGCAAUGAGCCUGCAUUCACUGUAGGGGCUGCCCCUCCCCCUCCGGGCCUGUUUAUCUGGCAAACCUCUCUAUGUGACCUGGUGCUAAUUUUAGUUGAUGGAAACCUCUUCUGUUGAUAUUAUAACUUGGAAUUUUUUAAUGAAAAAAAAAAAAAUGUAUUCUAUACAUUUCAGAGAUGUAGACUCAGCAGGCAAAGACAGUUGUUGGUGUUGGUUCUUCGUCAGGUGAGUGUAGAGCGUGAACCUCUGGGAUUAGUUUUUAAUAUGUUGUACAGCAUGUCAGUGUUGCGUAUGUGUGCGUGCUCCUAAUACUGCUCCUCUCAAUCCACUCCCAACACGUUUGUCAUCAUCAGCAUUCCCAACAUGCACUUCUUCUGACUUCACAAUGACACCCACCAGACCUCCUUAGAUCUGCUCUGUGCUCAAUUGGACUAUGAGCACUGAUUUGCAAAAUGUAUGCAGUUAUAGUAUAAUAGGCUGCAAUACUGUAUAUAUCUCUGGAGAAGCCACUCUGAGAGUUUGCAUAUCUGUGGUACCAUAGACAUUCACAGCAGAGAUGAAACCUGCUGAACUGUUUAUUGCCCCUCCUUUAAAAAAAAUGUAAUUGGUCAGGGCAGGUAUUGGUCUCAUAUGCUGGUGUUAUUGGUCAGUGCAGGUGUAAAUCAGGCACUUACUCAGAACUGUAUCUCGGUUUUGAAAACGCUUCUCCCAUGUGAUCCUUGAGUUUUUUUAAUUGUAUUUAUUUUACUAUUGUUGAAUGUUCUAUUGUAUAGUUCAGUGUAACUAGGAUUAUAUAAUGUUUAAAUUAUGGUUUUGUACACAGAUCUUAAAAAUAAAUCUGUUGAUGUAUACAUUUGACAACAAAAACCAAGAAAUGUGUAUUGUAAUAGGUGUAACCUGACAUAUUUGUAAAGAAAAGAUAAUAAAAAGCAGAUUAUUUUUCCUGGA